AUGGAAAUUCCCGAUCCCGAACUGCCGGGAAUACCGAUUGAUCCGCAAGAUUUGGAGAUUCUAGACACGCCCACACGGUUUUACGAGAAGCUUUUAGAAUUAACUGCAUCAACCGAACGGCGUCUCGCAUUGUGUAGUCUGUAUUUGGGCGAAGGAGAUCUCGAAAAAAAUCUGAUCGCUGCGAUCCGAGAAAGAUCCGAAAAAUCCGAGAUUGAAGUGACGAUUCUGUUGGAUUUUUUGCGCGGAACACGGACCAAUUCAAGCGGCGAAAGUAGUGUAACAGUGCUGAAACCUAUUUCGGAAAAGUCAAAAAUAUAUCUCUUCCACACACCGGAGCUUAGUGGCUUAGUAAAACGAGUUCUUCCACAGCGAGCCGACGAGAUUAUCGGUCUCCAGCACAUGAAAUUAUACAUUUUUGAUGACAAUGUAUUGAUUAGUGGAGCAAAUUUGUCGGAUUCUUAUUUUACUAAUCGAACGGAUCGAUAUUUUCUAUUCAGAAAUUGCAAACCAUUGGCAGAUUUCUUCCACGAAAUUAUCAAUGUUGUUGCCGACUCGAGCUUCAUUGUCGAAAAUGAGCAACUGGUGCCGAGCCCAAAAUGUGAUGUGCACCCAUAUUUAGGCUCCGCUCAUCUCUACCGAGAAAUGCUCAAAACACGUGUGAAUCGAGUUAUCGAAAAAUACAAAGAAUCGCGAAAAACGUCGUCGAAUUGCAUGUCUGCUGACACGUGGAUUUACCCCGUUUUACAAAUGGGGCUUUUGGGAAUUCAUCAGGAGUUUGAAUUUUUGCAAAAACUUUUCUCACUGAAAAAUCCGGAGCUCAAAAUGACGAUGGCUUCGGGAUAUUUCAAUUUUAUUCGAGAUUAUGAGGAAUCGAUUCUGAAAGAAGGAGAUUAUCAUUUGGAUAUUCUUACAGCUUCUCCUUUUGCGAACGGAUUCUUCGAAUCAAAUGGCUUCUCGAAAUAUAUUCCACCACUAUAUUCCAACAUUUCUGAUCAAUUUCUUCGAAAACGAGAAAUCAACGGCCGAUUGAAUGUAAAAAUGUUCGAAUAUCGAAGAGAAGAAUGGACAUUUCAUGCAAAAGGUCUUUGGGCAGAACAUAAUAAUCAAUUAAUGACAUUAAUUGGCUCAUCAAAUUACGGUUAUCGAUCGGUUCAUCGAGAUCUUGAAGCUCAAGUGAUGGUUGUUACAAGAAAUCCGACACUUAUCGAUCGAUUGAAAGAUGAGAAAAAUCUAUUAUUCGAAUAUUCAUCGAUACUUGACAUGGCUGCACUUCAACAACCGGAACAUCAUAUUCCACCAUUAGUUCGAGUUAUUUCACGUCUUAUUCGGAGUUUUUUGUAGACGUUUUCCAAUUUUUUAUAGCGGAAUAAUAAGGUUUUUGACUUUAAUAAAUCUUUGUAGAUUUCA